CUCCAACCUCCAUGAUCAUCAUCUUCCAUUUGAAUCUCAAUUCAAGAACUCAUCUAAAUUCGAUCUGAUCAGUGGGUGUCAAAGAUCAAUCAACAUUUCAUUUCAACUCAGAUUUCCCAGCUCAAGAAAUCAAGAGGUUCAGUGAUUUCUACACUCAAUUAGCUCUCACCAAUGGCGGAACAAGACGCACUCUGUUCUUCGAGGAACUCAAAGAACCCAUCUUUUUCGAGAUUCAGCGGGGGAAUCUCCUCGGAAAGAAAGGGGACGAAGCAGAUGAUGGAUGGCGGCGAGUGUCUGGGGAGAGUUUUCGCGUAUUUCGACAAGAACGGGGACGGGAGGGUGUCACCAGCGGAGCUGCAGAGGGGGGUGAGAGCGGUGGGAGGGGAGCUGACGGCGGAGGAGGCGGAGAUGGCGGUGAGGCUGUCGGAUUCCGACGGGGACGGGCUGCUGGGGCCGGAGGACUUUGCCAAGAUGAUGGAGGAGGAGAGAGAGGUGGCGGCAAGGGAGGAGGAACUGCUCGGAGCAUUCAAGAUGUACAUGGGGGAGGGCGGGUCGGAGAUCACGCCGAGGAGCUUGAAGAAGAUGAUGAGGCGGCUCGGGGAGGCGGCUGAUACCGAGAGGUGCAGAGCUAUGAUCACCAUGUUUGAUGUUAAUGGAGAUGGAGUGUUGGACUUUGAAGAGUUCAAGACUAUGAUGAUGAUGCAGGGGCAGGCUUAAAUACAUGUGUAUAUACAUAUAU